AUGGCUGGCCUCCUCCUGCUGCUGGCAUUAUGCGCCGUCAUGGCGCUGGCCUCGUUCCUCGCCGGCGCGCUGCCUCUGUCCAUGACGUUGUCGCAGUCACAACUGCGCUUGAUAUCAAGUAUCGGCGUUGGAGUCCUAGUCGGCACAUCACUCAUAGUGAUCAUACCAGAGGGGAUCGAGGCGGCCGCGAGCCAGGCAUCGUCACACGCUCACAAGGCCCGUGACCUGACGCGCAGGGCCCCUUGGAAAUUUGCGCUUGAGGGGCGAACCAUUCUCGAUGCGCCCGCGAACGCGGGUGGCACAAUACCACGAGGCGAUUUACAUAUAGAAGAAGCUUUGAGAGAUAUUGUGGUCCCGGUUACGGCUUCACCAGGCCCAUCGAAGAGAGAUGACGAGCCGGCGACAGAGAAUCCUCCCCCGGCGCCAGAAACCCCUAGCCAAGACAAAGACAAGCACGAGGAUGAUGCUCACGAGGAGCACGACGAAGGCGUCGAGAUACCCGCCUUUGAGGUCGGCUUCUCCAUGGUGCUGGGGUUCGUCCUCAUGUUCCUCAUUGAUAGGUUGCCCAGGCACGCCACCGAGACUUUCCAGUCUGCGCCUCAGACGACGCAUAUGAGCUUGGACAACCUGGGCGGCGGUGACGCGACGACGGACGAGGAAUCUGACGGGUUCCUGGGCUCAUUGGCGCCGACGCCGAGACGUGCGCGCAGCCUGGCCACGACGGUAGGGCUUGUGAUUCACGCUGCCGCCGACGGCAUCGCCAUGGGUGCAUCGUCAACCACGUCCAACAUGAAGCUGGGCUUCAUCAUCUUCGUCGCCAUCAUGAUCCACAAAGCCCCGGCUGCGUUUGGGCUUACAUCCGUGCUCUUAAGACAAGGGUUGUCGAAACGAGCUGCGCGCGGUCACCUGAUCAUCUUCAGCUUGGCCGCUCCCGUGGGCGCCAUCUCGACUUGGCUCCUCGUCACCCUCCUAGGCGGAGAUCAUCUUGAAGGGGCCAAGGGACAGUGGUGGACCGGGAUGCUACUGCUCUUUUCAGGGGGGACGUUUCUAUAUGUCGCCAUGCACGCCAUGCAAGACGAUGGCGGAUCACACGGCCAUGACCACGGGCCUGGAGCUAAUGGUUAUACGGACGGGACGUCCCUUAGCCAGCGGAAGCCAAAGGGCCCGCAGAUGCGCGACACUCUGGCGACGGUUGCGGGCAUGUUUCUGCCUCUGCUUACCCAGUUUGGGCACCAUCACCACUGA